AUGGCGCCGCACUCCUUCCCAGAGGAGGUGGAUGUGUUCUCUAUUCCUCAUUCCAGGAUGAAGGAGUUGGUGAACAAAUAUUUAGAAAUGGUGACAGAAACAAACUUUCAUGAUGCCUUCAGGAUGACAUCACUGCUGGAAAACUUGAGCACAACAUUUAAAGAGUUCAAGGCCCAUGAGCAGAUUGAGAACCGCUGCAUCAUGAGGAAGCUGAAGGAGAAGUUAAGGGCUUUGUCCAUCACAAACACAGCGGUGUGCAACUGCCACAAAGACAACAAGCUAACAGAGAUGAUGAGUCUGUUCCGUGAUGGGUACAGGUGCACUGGGAAAACUGCAGUUGAUCGAGUGAACUAUGGCCUCAAGCUGCGACAAGCCCUCGAACAGUUCACAGAGCAGUUCAUCCCUCAUAUGAAAGAAGAGGAGGAGGUGUUCCAGCCACUACUGAUGCAGUAUUUUACGUACGAGGAACUUCGGGAGCUCAAGACACUGGUUUUGGAAGAACACUGGAGGACAGUAGAGGAGGAUGGGGAAGCAAAACUUGUUGAGGAUUCCUUAACAAGUGAAAGUUCAUGUGACGAAGAAGAUAGUUCUGAUAAGGGAAGUUACUCUGCAUUUGACCUGUUACCAGAUGAGCUGCUCUUGGAUAUAUUUGCUGAGCUCAACCCACAUGAGUUGGGAAAAUGCAGCCAAGUCAACAAGCGCUGGCAUCAGCUGGCUGCUGACCCUAAACUGUGGAAAAACUUUUAUCCAGUACAAUGGGCCAAGGGAAUCUGGAGUUUCUGUCUUGACCUGUGCACUGAAGAUGAAAUUGUGACCGAGAAGGAGUACUCCAGGGCUGUGCUGGACGAAGAUGCAGACAUAGAUGAAUCUGGCGACAGUGACAGUAGUGAAGCAGAAGAUGCUGCCUUCCUGCAGCAGAAGAAUGAGGUCAAGCUGCUGUCAAGUAUGACAAAAUAUCUUCUUCCAAAAGUGGGACAGGGUGUGAAGAAUAUCAACUUAGCCAACAGUUUGGGGUUGACAAAUGGAGCACUUUACAAAAUUCUGCUUCACUGCCCAUAUGUGGAGGUACUUCAGCUUUCACAUACCAGGAUCUCUGACAUUGCUUUUAAAGGCUUAGGACGAGGUGGCUGUGGUACAAAGUUACGGCAUGUGGACCUUGCUGGCUGUGAGAAAGUGACUGACCUCACACUUAGAUGGUUGGCACACGCCCUGCAUCCCAGCAAAUUUACCGACAGAAACAUAGAUAUUGCAAGCCACACAGGCAUUGUCAGUGAUAGUUUUGAACAAUCUUCUGUAUCUGAGAAAACAAAGAAAACACUGAAAAAUGAAAAAUGUUCAAGAACUAAAAAUGUUUGUGAUAUAGAUUCGACAAAGACUGGAUUGAAUGCAGAGUGCAGAAUUGUAAGGACUAAGAGCUCUGAUUCUUUGCUGGCUGCAGACUCCAGUGUGCCAGCGUGCAGCAGGCUUGUUGAGGGGAUGGAACACCUGGGGCUCUCCUUCUCGGAAAAGACUUUCUGUUCCUGUCCGCUGGCUAGGAAGCUUUUUCCUAAUGGGCAGGUUUGGAGUGCUAGCAUUGAAGACUGUACAUGGUUCCACACAGCAUCCAGUGUGAGAAGCCACCCCUUGUCCUCCUCAGUUUGUGAUAUAAGGGAGGCAACCAAGUCAAACAACUGUGAUACCGUGAAUGAAAGUGUGGAUUUCUCACCCACAUGUCUCAGUGAACCAUCUCUGGAAUACUUGAGUUUGUCUGGUUGCUGGCUGGUAACGGAUACAGGGCUCAUGUGUCUGGCUGAGAAUGGAGGGUUACCUGCUCUGCGACACCUGGAUUUGUCUGGCUGUCUGAACAUAACUGCAUCUGGUCUGGAAGCCUUGGUGGAGUUAUGUGCUCAACUUGACCAUGCAAACUUGUUCUACUGCGAUAACUUGGAAAACGACCCGUACCCAGUGACAGCUAGUGGCUGCCAGAACCUUGCCUGUGGAAGUCGAGUCUGUUGUCGAACAGGCACCUGAUCCUGUCGCACUGCUGCCAUGGACCAGAAGAUGCCCUGUAUUUAACCAUGACAAGCCUCGUUGUAGACAUGAUUCUGCUGACCCAUCACAGAUUUUAUCCCUGCAUCGUGAGAAGCACAGUUUUCUAGGUGGCUGACAUAAAGAGCAAUGUUACUUGUAUAUAGCAUCCACUGAGGCAGCCAACUUUAUUUACUUUUGAGAGAAAUUUCGUUAGAAUUAUUCAGGUGUUAUGGAAAACCUAUGUGUAUCCUUUGCUGUAAUGUAGUUUAUAAAAUAUGGUAUUUCAAGUUUUGUAACAUGCUUUUUGUUUUUAAAUAUUGCCUUGCCAACUAUCCAUAUACAUGUACUAAGUAAUAGCAUAUUUGAUUUGUUUUCUUGUUUUCUUGUUUUUUGUUGUUGUUGCUUUUUUUAAAAUCUGAAAUUAUCCACAUAUUCAUGACUGUAGUGUUAGGAUUUACAAACAAAGAGUUCAAAUUCUUAUGGUUCUUUUACCGUUGUCGUAUAAGGGAAAUAUUCUUGAGAACGGCGUAAGACACCAAUCAGAUAAAUAAAUCAAUAACAGUGCUAGUGGGUUGUCCUGGUCCACUGAUGACAUACUAUUAGGACCAUGGGCUUAUAAUGUAAAGUUGAGAGUUAUUCCAGUGUAGAGUAAAGAUAUUUCUUCACGUCUCCGUGUUUUAACAGCAAAUCAUUAUACGUAUAUUCAUUUUUGUCGCAAGUUUUAAUGGUUGCAUUUCACAGAAGAUUUUUUUUUUACACAUUACCUGAUUUAUAUAGUUUUAUGUGUUCCUUCAAAAACAUUUUUGGAAAAUAUUGUGCUCUUAAUCUUUAUUUUUGUCAAAGUUCAACAUAACAAGAUGGAAACUCUGCAUUCUCUGUCAAUAUUGCAAAUACCUGCUUGGUUUAAUACACAGCAUGUAAUUUACAGCUUUUUUAGUUCACAGUAGGCAGUGGCAAGAAAAGAAUACGCUUGCUGGAGUCAUUAUUAGUCCUUAAUACAUUUUUUGUGCUAGCCUUCUGCUAGGUUCAUAUGUAAAUUACAUGAACAUGUGUGGAAUGGAUUCUGACUCAAAAAACAUGUUAUACGAGGGCUUUUUGGGAAAAAACGUCCAUAUUUGCUAAUCAAGUCAUAUUAUCUCUGUUUGUCAAGAAUAGCUCAAAUUAAUACCUUUAAGAAAAUAUCUUGUACCUAUGCUAUUUUAGGUGUUAAAAUGAUUGAAAAAGUUAUAAAUGCAUUAUAAAUUUUACAGACUUCAUAACCAAUUUUGAAUGGUAACAUAUGCACAUUUGAGGUUAAUAUUUUAUGAAAGGUAAUUAUCCGGGCUAUUAAGGAAAAUUUUGUCAGAUUUGCCCUGAUUGAUUUUUUUUUCAGUAUAGUUUAUUUAAUCUUAACAAAGUAAGAAGCUUUUUACUCUUUCUUACCAAAAAAAAAAACUAUAAAAUAUUUGUCCAAUACAUGUAUAUAUUUGUAAAUGGUCAAAUAUGCUGAUUAGCCAUACUAAGUUCAAGAAGUACAGAAUCAUUUGGUGGCCUUGAACUGUACAUGAUUUUGAUAAAAUUUAAAUAUGUCUUAGUUUCUAUUUCUGUUUGAAGUUGAUCCAAAGGAAUUUUUUUUUUCUUCUUCUUUAUCUAUGAUGCCGUUUUUUCCCCUUCUAAACAAGCUGCUGAUAAGUAUACCAACGACACAUCAGCAUUUAACCAGAAACAUGUUUAAAAUGGUGUAGUGAACUCUCGAUUUGCAGGUGUAGUGAACUCUCGAUUUGCAGAACAAAUUGUCAAUUUGUAGCUAUGCUACAUACAGCAAUUCUAGGCCACAAGUUCGGCAGCACGGUUUUCAACAACACUCUUCAUCCCCAUUAGUGUUCGUUGUCCUGCAAUAAAAGUUUGGUUUUUGAAUGAACCUUCAUGCAUUUGUGGUGUCAAACAUUCUGUUAAAAACUUUUAUGUAUCUAUGCAACACUAAAUGUUCCUUAUUUCAUUUACAUGCUGCAAUUUUAGGAAGUUAGCUUAAUUCAAUUUUACCUGUUUUGUCAUCAUAUAUUAUUUUUCUUUGUGUUCACGAUACUUUGCUGUUAAUCUGAAAGUUUGCUAAUAUAUUUCCUUAUAUGUUCUCUGUUUUUAGAGGAUCAUGAAU